AUGCUGCCCUUACAUGCAAAAUCGAAGAUGCAUCGCCAUGCCUUUUCCAAUGGGCAGGCCGCAUACCCAUCUACCGGCGGGAGCGGCACCUUUUCUAUUCAACCGCACAAGUUCCAGCCUCGAUCACAGCCAGCCCUGAGGCGGCGGCGGCAGCUGAUACAGCGGCUACUGCUCUUUGGCUCCAUCCUCCUCACGGGCUUCUUCUUUUUCUUCCCCGAUCUCCGACCAGAUCUGGGUUCGAGCCCGCUUAGCUACCUUGCCUCCAGCGACGAGUCGAAACUCGAGACGGUGCGAUAUUACGAUCUGAGCAAUGUACAAGGAACGGCAAGGGGGUGGGAACGGGAAGAGCGCAUCCUUCUCUGCGCUCCUCUCCGAGACGCCGCGCCGCAUCUGCCCAUGUUCUUCGGUCACCUGAAGAACCUCACGUACCCACACAACCUGAUCGAUCUCGCCUUUUUAGUCGGAGAUUCCAAGGACAACACACUCGAGUUGCUCAACUCGAAGCUGGAGGAGCUUCAGGCAGACCCGGAGGCGAAAAAUCAGUUCGGAGAAAUCUCGAUCUUGGAGAAGGACUUCGGACAGAAGGUCAACCAGGAUGUAGAGAGCCGACACGGCUUCGCCGCUCAGGCUGGACGACGUAAAUCCAUGGCGCAGGCCCGUAACUGGCUCUUGAGCGCUGCGCUCCGGCCGACACACAGCUGGGUCUACUGGAGAGAUGUCGAUGUCGAGACGGCCCCGUUCACUAUUUUAGAGGAUCUCAUGCGCCACAACAAAGACGUUAUCGUGCCGAAUGUCUGGCGACCGCUACCGGAUUGGCUUGGGGGAGAGCAGCCUUACGAUCUCAACUCGUGGCAGGAAUCAGAGACAGCUUUGGCUCUGGCAGAUACUCUUGACGAGGAUGCUGUCAUCGUCGAAGGUUACGCAGAAUAUGCCACGUGGCGCCCGCAUUUGGCAUACUUGCGCGACCCUUACGGCGAUCCCGAUAUGGAGAUGGAGAUUGACGGUGUUGGUGGUGUCAGUAUUCUCGCCAAGGCAAAGGUCUUCCGGCAGGGUGUUCACUUCCCAGCGUUCAGCUUCGAAAAGCACGCCGAGACGGAGGGUUUUGGCAAGAUGGCCAAGCGCAUGAAGUUUUCGGUUGUCGGGCUACCCCACUACACUAUCUGGCAUUUGUACGAGCCCUCCGUCGACGACAUCCGCCAUAUGGAAGAGAUGGAAAAAGAGCGCAAGGCUAAGGAAGCCGAAGAGGCCGCCAAAAAGCAAAAGGAAGACAAAAUCAAAGAGCAAUUUGAUAACAAGGGCAGUGAUUGGGAGAAGGAGAAGGCAGCUGUGCAAGAUUUGGUUCAGAAAGCGAAGAACGAGGAGAAGGAGGAAGCGAAAAAGAAGGAAGAGAAAAAGAAGGCGAAGGAAGCUGCAAAGGAAGCUGCGAAAGAAGAGCUCAAGGAAGAAGCAAAAGCAGAGAAAGCGAAGGAGGCCGCAAAGAAGGACGUUGAGAAGCGCGAGGAGAUACACGAGGCCUGGGGUGCCGAUGAGAGGGGCAAGGCGGCGCCGAAGCAGUAA